GCUUGGCAGUUACUCCCCAUAAAGUUUACCAAAGCGAUAUAUUUCCAUCCAAUUGCUUUUUUUUUCUCCAAUGCCGAUAUGCUGCGUGAGCUAUUCCUCAUAUUCACAUGCAUGGCAUGGGUGGAAUUUGCCAUUCAUCUCUCGCCGUGGAUUAAGGGCAUCUCCCACAAUGUUGAAGCUUACAAUCCUACUACAUUUCGCUACCCAGUGCCAUUGUCUACACACAAUGAAGAACACACACGUCUAAUGCAGAAUCUGGAGCGAUCCAGUGGGAAAUGGAACUCUGCCCACCCUCGACAUCGACUUUUAACUGCCCUGUAUGGGUAUACCUGCUACAAAGACAAAAGCCUAGCAGAGGUAGAUCGAUGGAGAAAUCUUUAUAAAAACGUUCCCAAGCGGCACCGAGCGUUGCUCGAGUCAACAAUCCACUACACACGGAAAAUCAACACAAUAGAACAUCUGCGCGAGACAAAUGACGAACUCGCCAGAUCUAUUGUUGAUUACGGUCUUUCAUUCUAUAAUAUCAGUCAAUCUGAGCUGGACGAAUUCAUCAAAGAAAGCGAAAGUCAGCAGCGGCCCGCUGAUAGGACUAGCGUCUCCCAGGGAAUGAAGCAUUUUGUGCGUGACUGGGCAGAUGAGGGUUAUGAAGAGCGUCAACAAUCCUUUGAUUGUAUUUUGAACUCGCUCGCCCAGACGCCACGAACGAAAGAUAGACCGCUGCGAGUGCUGUUGCCUGGGUCGGGAUUGGGAAGACUUGCGCAUGAAGUCGACAAGCUUGGAGAGGCGUUAGGCUUUGAUGUCACUAUGAAUGAAUGGUCAACAUACAUGAAUCUGGCAUACCGUUAUGUAUCCAGUCUCUCCGUCUCCAACGGUGUAUCGUUUCACCCAUAUAUCGACUGGUGGUCUCACCACGCGACGACCGAAGAUCUCCAGCGCUCCGUUACGUUUCCAAACCAAGUUAUCCAUCCAUCAUCUGUCUUGCUCAUGGAGGGAGAUUUCACUACGGUAUUCACAGAACACACAGGUCAAUACGAUAUAAUCGUGACCUUGUUUUUUAUCGAUACCGCGCGGAACCUAGUCUCAUAUCUUGAGACUAUAUACAGACUACUUCGUCCUGGUGGCCGUUGGGUGAACCUAGGUCCUUUAUUGUAUGGCACCGCGCCAUUUGUGCAGUUAUCACUAGACGAGAUUGUGGCGUUAAGUGUUAGCAUGGGGUUUGAGUUCCAGGAGACAGAUCCCACAAUUGGAAAUAUCACAUUGCCGGACUUGCCAGUGCGAGGAUUGGAGGUGGCCUAUGGUCGAAAUGGGCGGGGGUUGAAUAAGAAUGCAUAUCAGGCGCAGUAUUGGGAGGCCGUUAAGCGCUAG